AUGAAAAACAUCACAAAGGCGGGCAACAUCAUCCGGUCGAACGGGCUGACCACGAACCGCUACAACCAGCUGAGCCACAUCCUGGCCAAGCGCAAGGACCUGCGGAGCCGCGUUCAGCACCAGGCCUACCUCUACCGCGUCAACGCCGACCUCCGCGGGACCAAGAUAAGGCCGCUCCCGGACCCCGUAGUGGUCGAGGCCGGGAGUGGUGCUGCUGCUCCUUCUUCUCCUCUCAGCAAGGCCGAGCGGAGGAGGAUCGUCAACAGAGGCCAGCAGGUGAAGACGCCUCGAACCGGUCCUCCCCCCGACAAGAAGAUGCUGUUCGCCAAGAGCCUCAGAGAGAUCGAAGCUUUGAGGUUCAGGCAGAGGAGGCGCCUGAUGAAGGAGGUGGGGAGCGACGACCUGCCUUCGGGGCUGUGCCAUCCUGAGAUAGGCCGCAUCGCGUCGCCGCGGAUCCGAAAGGAGUGCCAAAGCUUUCCCAUGGCGGCGGAGGGCAUCGUCAGGGCUAACGGGCUCGAGCCAGAGGAGUUCAAUAGGCUUUCGGCGAGGAGCCGAGACAACAUGCUGUACCGGUGGCAGGUCCUCCGCUGCGUGCGCAAGCUCGAGAAGCGAGGCCGUGCGUAGUAUGUGAAGGAAGGACGGAGGACCAGCCGGGGGGGCGUGAUCUCCAAGGAAGUGUAGUAGCGUGCUCUGGCGAGAGACGAAAGGAAGGGCGGCUUUGUCGACCUAUCUGUAGAUGGCUCUAUAGAUGGCUUUUGGAUGUGCCCUUCAGUACAUUAUACGGGUGUCGCGUGCGGCGGUGUUCUUUUGCAACGGAUUUGAUUUAUUGCUUUGCGAGGUGUGGCACGUCCUAUCAUUCAUGUAUCUGCGCUCGCAAACGGUGUGUUUCGUGUUCUUCACCCAAUGAUGGCUGGAUAUCAGAUUAUUUGGGUCGUCUUUUCAUGCAUCUCCUAGGGCAACACUGCAUUCAUGUGCAUAUCUCAAAGUUAUUACUCCUUCCCGGGGUACCCUAUGUGAGUGAUGGAACCGUCUGGAACCCCCCCGUUUUGGUGUUGUUUCUGACCGACGAACGUUUUUUUGGGGCACAUGUACGAAAUUCGGCGGACGUGCGCGAGGGGGUGAAAAGCCUGUUGGAGGUAAUACUUUAGUUGAUUGUAGAGUCGUUUCACGUGUGUUUUUCAAUGAACUGUGGGGUGUGCGCGCGGGCUCACCUCCUCCUGACCGCGGCUGCCGGUCCGAAAGGGGGGCAUCCAACCUGGAGCUAUCUGUAGGUGGCCAGACAUGUCAUGUUGUCCCGAAGGAGGAAGUUGUCUCGCCCGCCCCUCGCUGCCUGGUACUUGUAGCAUGGUUCACUGGUACCGGAUGCCUGCGUGCGU